UUGUACGCAAUUCAAAAUUAUCUUAAAAAUAGUUUCGAUGAUUAUAAUUAAGUAUCUUUAUUUUUAAAACAGUCAACAUGAUUAAAAAUUCAUUUUGACUUACAGUUGAAGUUGCUGAAUAAACAAUGUAAUUCCAAAGUAGUUUCAUUGUAGCAGAUAACAAAACUUAUAUACUUCUAUAAUUGUUACUUUUGACUAUGGCAUUAUCAAGGGCAGUUAAUGUUCUUAUCAGACAAAACCAUUUUGUAUUUUCUGGUCGCAUAACUGUUUCUUCGCAAUUCCUUAAUCCUCUAAGUAAUACAAUACACACUUAUGGGUUUUGGAAUCAAAAGUCUGUUACAAAAGUAGACUCAAAAGAAUCAUCCAAUCAAUUACAGACAGGCUUUAUGGAAGUAGCCAAGGAGAAUGUAAAGUCAGCAUGGUACUUGAUAGUGAUUGUUCUUGGCAUUGGUGUUACUAGUGUUGUAUGUUAUACAAUUGGUAAAGAGUUAUUCUCUUCCAAUAGUCCUAAUGGCGUCUAUAAGGCAGCUAUGGAACGAUGUAUAACUGAUCCUAAGGUGAUCGAUGCGCUAGGAGAACCUAUUAGUGUUCAUGGAACAAGAAACCGUAGAGGUCGUGGUAAUCAUCCUGCGCAUGAAAUUUAUCAAAGAGAUGGAGUAAAUCAUAUGAGAAUGCAAUUUUUUAUUCAAGGAUCUCGUAAACAUGGUACCGUUCAUUUGGAAGUAUAUGAAAACGAGACUGGCAACUACGUUUACAAGUACUUGUUCGUUCAGUUGGACGACUUGAUUCGUAAUGUUAUAGUUUUAGAAGAUAACAAAGCCACUGAGAGAAAAACUGAUAAAUCAUUGGAUCACUCUCUAUUUAUGUAAAUAUAUUUUUCAUUUUUGUACAACGCAUUAAAGUUAGUCAAAACGUCUCGAGAAUCGACUUAGAUUAGUUUAUGAUGUAAAAAAAUAAUGUAAGAAUCAAUUGCAUGAUUUUUGUGUAAUUGUAAUUUUAUACUCAUCUUAAACAUGCCAAUUGUUACAAUAAAUAAACGUACUAGUG